CUCUACUUAGAAAGAUAAUUAAAUAUUUAUGUAAAUUGCAAUGGCAAAUUAAAAAAUUAGGGCAUAAAAACCAGAAUGGAGCCCGCCAUACAAAUUUUUAAAGUAAAAUUUUUAGAGUCUGAAUUUUGUUUUUAGAGUUUAACAACUAGCUCAAAGACAAGCAAUCUCUUUUCAAGCCUAAUCACAGCUACAUAGAAUGAAGUUUCAUUUCUUUUUUUUCAAAUAUAAAAAACUUCCCUCUCUCUAAAUUGGGGAUUUUAAUCUUUGAUCUUAUAAUUUAGAAAUACACUGAAUUCUUGAGGUGUUUUAGAUAGUCUGCAGUCAUGGCAGUAGUGAGUCAUGCGGUGAGUCCGGUGAAUUGUCCACAAUAUAGAGACGGCGGAGGAGGAGCUACAACUAGUUCCGGUGGAAAUAUGGCGGCGGCGGCAAGUAGCGAGAGAAUAGAAGGAAGUGGCAGUGUUUCACGUGUAAUUGAAGAGAAGAUUUACGUUGCUGUAGGCAAAGAUUUUAAAAAAAAUAAGUCGCUGGUUAUUUGGGCAUUGCAUAAUUCUGGAGGGAAAAGUAUUUGUAUACUUCAUGUUCAUCAACCUGCUCAGAUGAUCCCCUUGGCCUUGAUGGGUACAAAAUUUCAUGCUAGCUCACUUAAAGAAGAGGAAGUUAGGGCUUAUAGGGAGAUUGAAAGGAAAGAAAUGCAUGAAAUGCUAGAAGAUUACCUUGUCCUUUGCCGGCAAAUGGGGGUGCGGUCUGAGAAACUGUGUACUGAAAUGGGAAGUAUUGAGAAGGGGAUUUUGGAACUUAUAUCUCAACAUGGUAUCAGAAAGCUUGUCAUGGGAGCAGCAUCAGACAAGCGCUAUUCGAAGAAUAUGACGGAAAUCAAGUCUAAGAAGUCGACUUGUGUGCGCCUGCAAGCACCUGCUUCUUGCCAUAUCUGGUUUAUAUGCAAGCAGUACCUUAUAUACACAAAGGAAGCUACUUUGGUUGAAAGUGAUACAGAAGAGUUCAGACCAUUUUCACAGCCAGCAAGCCCAAACGUUGAAACUGGACAAUCAAAUCAUUUGAGAUCACAGUCUAUUACCCUUGGGCAGAGCAAUCAACCAAGGCUCACAAAUCCAGUUCAAGAUUUAUUCCGCAGGGCACAUUCUGUGACUUUUGGCCGACAGGGAGGAAAAGUUUCAACUUUUCUUUCUUCAGAUAAUGUUGGAAGGCCAUCAACAUCACAGAGCAGGCCAGAUGCAGAAGGUGCUUUAUCUGUAUCAUCUGACGAAUUGGAUACAUUGUCAAGGAGUACUUCUCAGGGUUCAGUUCUUUCAACAUGUUCUUCCAAUGGAACAGCCGUUCUUGGUAUGGCUGUUAAGAAUGUAGGAAGAAGGAAUGGUGCAGAGUUGAGUGUACUGCAUCAGCCUAAAGAGGAUCUUAGCCGAUCUUCGCCCCCCAGUGUAUUGGUCGGAAGCAUAGAGGAUCCACUUUAUGAUCAACUUGAACAGGCAAUGGUAGAGGCUGAUAGUUCAAGGCGAGAGGCAUUCGACGCGGCAUUCAGGCGUGCAAAAGCCGAAAGAGACGCCAUUGAUGCCAUACGCAGGGCCAAAGCAUCUGAAACUCUAUAUGCUGAUGAGUCGAGACAGAGGAAAGAAAUCGAGGAAGCUUUGGCCAAGGAAAAGGAAGAACUUGAAAAGAAGCAGAAGGAGCGAGAUAAAAUCAUGGAAGAACAUCAUACUGCUAUGGAGCAGAAAAACCGGCUGGAGAGCCAAAUUGCAGAUGCUGAUCAGAUGGCAAAAGAGUUGGAGCAAAAAAUUAUUUCUGCCGUCCAACUGUUGCAAAAUUACAAGAAAGAACGAGAUGAAUUGCAGAUGGAGCGUGACAAUGCACUGAAAGAAGCAGAGGAGCUGCGGAAAAGCCGAGCUGAGGCCUCAAGUUCUCAAAUGCCUCGGUUCUUUUCUGAGUUCUCAUUCUCAGAGAUAGAAGAAGCAACUAGCAACUUUAACCAGUCUCUCAAGAUUGGGGAAGGAGGGUAUGGUAGCAUUUAUAAAGGUCUAUUGCGUCACACCCAAGUGGCUAUAAAGGCCCUGCACUCUAAUAGCUUGCAAGGCCCUGCAGAAUUUCAACAAGAGGUUGAUGUUUUGAGCAAGAUGAGACAUCCAAAUCUUGUCACUCUCAUUGGAGCCUGUCCGGAAGCUUGGACUCUUAUAUACGAAUAUCUGCCCAAUGGUAGCCUUGAAGAUCGACUGAGCUGCAGGGAUAAUUCUCCUCCUUUAUCUUGGCAAACUCGCAUACGCAUCGCCACCGAGCUAUGUUCUGUUCUUAUCUUCCUGCACUCUAGUAAACCACACAGCAUCGUGCAUGGUGAUUUGAAACCUGCUAAUGUCCUCCUUGAUUCAAAAUUUGUGAGUAAACUAAGCGAUUUUGGAAUCUGCCGUCUACUUUCUCAAAAUGAAGGCUCAUCCAACAACACGACAUUAUGUUGCAUAACUGACCCUAAAGGCACUUUCGCAUACAUGGAUCCCGAGUUUCUUGCUUCUGGAGAGCUUACUCCAAAGUCAGAUGUUUACUCAUUUGGUAUUAUAUUGUUAAGGUUGUUGACCGGAAGACCAGCCUUGGGUAUAACAAAGGAGGUCCAAUAUGCAUUAGAUAAAGGAAAUUUAACAAACCUCUUGGAUCCUUUGGCCGGGGACUGGCCCUUUGUGCAGGCAGAACAAUUAGCUCGCUUGGCGCUUAGAUGCUGUGAGAUGAACCGAAAAAGCAGGCCAGAUCUUGUAUCAGAUGUAUGGAGGGUGCUUGAACCAAUGAAAGCUUCAUGUGGAGGCUCAUCAUGUUUCCGGCUUGGUGCAGAAGAGCAUUGCCAGCCACCUCCAUAUUUUAUAUGCCCCAUUUUCCAGGAAGUAAUGCAAGAUCCACAUGUAGCAGCAGAUGGUUUUACAUAUGAAGCAGAAGCCUUAAGAGGAUGGCUGGACAGCGGACACGAGAAUUCGCCUAUGACAAAUGUUAAGCUCACACACAACCAUCUUGUACCCAACCAUGCACUUCGAUCAGCGAUUCAGGAGUGGCUGCAAGAAAAAUAAAAACUAGUGUCGAUACCUCUUUCCGUUCAAUACAUUGUUUAUAGUUGUAUAUCGAUAGGGUAAUAUAUAGUCUAAAGAAAUGCCAUUACAUUUUUCUUUUGAGUCCAUAGUUCUGCUGCUGUAUAUAGAACAGCAUACAUGUAGCUUAAUUUUUACGGACCAGCUGGUGUUUCAUAUUUAUAUAAUGAAAGCUUUGCAGGGUUUAUAGA